AAUUCUAGGGUUUCCCUUUGAAAACCCUAAGCUCUUGCUCCGCCCGCUCUCGAUCUGGAGCUCUCGAUCUCUGUUCGAGGCGAUCGGAGUGGUUGUCGAUCUUUCGGUAAGGUUUCUGGUUUUGAUUGGGGGAGCAGGAGCUCGUAAUGUCCACGGAGAGAAAGAGGAAGGUGAGCUUGUUUGACGUCAUGGACGAGGCAUCCGUAUCGGAGAAGCUGGCCAAGGUGAAUGGUGCCUUCUCCUCCAGGCCGGCGGCGGUUCCGACCGGGAUCAACCGGUGGAACGGUCGGCCCUACUCGCAGAGGUAUUACGAGAUCCUGGAGAAGAGGAAGACCCUCCCCGUGUGGCAGCAGAAAGAAGAGUUUUUGCAAGUUUUGAAGGCCAAUCAGACUCUGAUUUUGGUCGGAGAGACUGGCAGUGGUAAAACAACUCAGAUUCCACAAUUUGUAUUGGAAUAUGAGGACUUGGGCAAGCGUUCCAUGGUUGCUUGCACUCAACCUCGACGAGUUGCUGCUAUGUCUGUUUCUCGCCGAGUUGCUGAAGAGAUGGAUGUAACAAUAGGUGAUGAAGUUGGUUAUAGCAUUAGGUUUGAAGAUUGCAGUAAUCACAAGACUAUAUUGAAAUAUUUAACUGAUGGUAUGCUGUUAAGAGAAGCAAUGGCUGAUCCAUUAUUGGAGAGAUACAAGGUGGUAAUUCUCGAUGAGGCUCAUGAACGUACCUUGGCGACAGAUGUCUUAUUUGGGCUUCUGAAAGAAGUACUAAAAAAUAGACCUGAUUUGAAGUUGGUUGUGAUGAGUGCUACUCUUGAGGCUGAGAAAUUCCAGGGUUACUUUAAUGGGGCACCUUUAAUGAAGGUACCUGGUAGAUUGCAUCCAGUUGAAAUUUUCUACACACAAGAUCCUGAAAGGGAUUACUUGGAAGCUGCUUUACGAACCGUUGUACAGAUACACAUGUGUGAACCUCAGGGUGACAUACUUGUUUUCCUUACCGGAGAGGAAGAAAUAGAAGAUGCAUGUAAGAAAAUAACAAAGGAAAUUAAUAAUUUGGGUGACCAAGUGGGCCCUGUGAAAGUGGUGCCUUUAUAUUCCACCUUACCUCCUUCAUUGCAGCAAAGAAUAUUUGAGCCUGCUCCAGCACCGUUGGAGGAAGGUGGCCCACCCGGAAGGAAGAUUGUGGUGUCAACUAACGUUGCAGAAACUUCAUUGACUAUUGAUGGUAUUGUUUAUGUGAUAGAUCCUGGUUUCUCCAAACAAAAGGUUUAUAAUCCACGAAUACGUGUGGAAUCUUUGCUUGUCUCUCCAAUUUCCAAGGCUAGUGCACAUCAAAGGGCAGGACGUGCCGGUAGAACACAACCUGGGAAAUGUUUUAGACUUUACACUGAGAAAAGUUUCAAGGGUGACUUACAAGAACAAACCUAUCCCGAGAUUCUCCGCUCUAACUUAGCAAAUACAGUCCUUACUUUGAAGAAACUGGGAAUUGAUGAUCUGGUCCAUUUUGAUUUUAUGGACCCUCCUGCUCCUGAAACACUAAUGCGAGCACUUGAGAUCUUAAAUUACCUAGGUGCUUUGGAUGACGAUGGCAAUUUGACUAAGCUAGGUGAACUCAUGAGUGAGUUUCCCUUAGACCCUCAGAUGUCAAAGAUGUUGGUUGUCAGUCCAGAGUUCAACUGCUCCAAUGAGAUCCUAUCAAUGUGUGCAAUGCUUUCAGUACCCAAUUGCUUUCUCCGGCCUAGGGAGGCCCAAAAAGCGGCAGAUGAAGCUAAAGCUCGGUUUGGCCAUAUCGACGGAGAUCACCUGACGUUGUUAAAUGUAUAUCAUGCAUACAAGCAAAAUGCUGAGGACUCUUCUUGGUGCUAUGAGAAUUUUAUAAACAGUAGGACUAUGAAGGCUGCUGACAAUGUGAGGCAACAGCUUGUGCGGAUCAUGGCUAGGUUCAACCUCAAGCUAUGCAGCACCGACUUCAACAGUCGGGAUUAUUAUGUGAACAUCAGAAAAUCCAUGCUUGCUGGGUACUUCAUGCAGGUGGCCCAUCUUGAGAGAACAGGACACUACCUCACAGUGAAGGACAAUCAGGUUGUUCAUCUUCAUCCAUCAACCUGCUUGGAUCACAAGCCAGAAUGGGUCAUUUAUAAUGAGUAUGUUUUGACCAGCAGGAAUUUCAUCCGCACGGUAACAGAUGUUAAAGGAGAGUGGAUGAUCGACAUAGCUCCACACUAUUUUGAUCUGAGCAACUUCCCUUCAUGCGAGGCCAAACGAGUGCUCGAGAGAUUGUACAAUAAGCGGACGAAGGAAAAGGGCGAGAGCAAAGCUAGAAAGUAGAAACAAAAAUUGCCUUUUGUUCGCACGCACACAAUUUGACUUGCCAAUACAUAAAUAUUGCUCAUAAGCAAGAUUGCCUGAACACCUAAAAAGAUCAACACCUCAAAGUUGAGACAAGUUUAUCAUCGAGAUUCAUGUUUCUCUUAUAUGUUUCGCCUACAAGUAAACAUCUAUUUUCUCUAUGUUGUGUCGAACGCAUGCUUUCUUUUAAUGUUAUUGACAAUAUGGUUAGACCUUGAAUAUGUGCCAA